CAUUGAUUUCAUUGAUAAUAGUCGUACAAUGUAUUGACAAAGACAUCAGAGGAAUGGCUAUCAAUUUGUUACUGAUUGUUGGCUGACAUUCAAAGCCAUUUGCUGUCAUCAAUGGCAGUAAAUCUUCAAACAGGAUGUCUACCAAUGGAUAGUUAUGUUUCUCUAAAUUAUCUGUCAUAUCAUAUCAUUGUUUUUUAAUCCUGUUUUUUAAAUAUUAAUCGCGAGUUAUUUAUUAUAAUUGAAUUACUAAUUAAAUUAUUUCAAACAUAUUUUAUAAUUAUAACUGAAAUUAAAAUAAAGAGAGAAAAUAUUAAUAAUAAUUGUGAUCUUUUUUUUUAAAAAAUGACAUCAAUUGUAAUGAUUAAAAAAGUUGGCGCAAAACAAAUGGUCGACAAUAAAAGUUUGCCAAAGACUAAGACCGUUUGGGGUCUGACUGUCGAAGAGAUCGAGUUCUGUACCAUUGGUUUUAUGUUGUUGUCGUUUGUGGUGUUGAUCAUCGGUUUUCUGUAUGUACUGCUAAACAUCAGUCGCUAUAUGAAAGUAAUGGGCCGUUUAUCGCAGCUAUGGAUACCCAUACCGUUGUUUGUCUGGUCGUUCAUACCGUCGGGUGUCGGCAUUUACGGCAUAUGCGCUGAAAACCGGAUACUAUUGAUGGUAUUCAUUGGACUCGACAUCAUAUCAUUGUCUCUCUAUCUGUGGAUUACCAUUGCUGUCGACUUUAUGAGAAUUGGUGCGACAAUAAUUUUCUUAGUACUGGCCAUACAAUUGCUACUAUCGGUACUAUUUGUACAUAAUCUAUGGCUUCACAAACAAUUGUUUAAGAAAGUAUUAAACAAACUACCAAAACAACAGUCGGCCAAUGAUUUGAUUAUGGGAUCAAGUAUUGUAUUGGCAAACAUUGAAUCGGACAUCAAUAAUAAGGAUGAGACAAAACUAACAAUAAUACCAUUGUCACCAACCAAUCAAAACGAUAGUAAUGAGGAUAACCAGAAAAUUAGAAAAUCCAAUGACAAAGAUGUCAUGAAAGAUGGGGGUAAUAGUGGUGAUAAUAAACCAUUGAUGAAAAUCAAUGAAACAAACAAAUAAAUAAAUAAAUAAAUGUUUAAUUAUAGCAAAGAAAAAGUUUGUUGUUGUUGUUAAUGAAUCAAAUGAUUAAAGU